UUCCUCCCAUUCAAUUCCGUGCAUGUGUUUUAUAAACAUAAACAUUUUACAAAAACUAUCCCCAAAAAAUGCCUCCUAAAUCAUCAAAUAAAAAGAAUGUCGCUAGUGCUACACCGUCAUGGUAUCAUUGUGAAAAAUGUGAUGUACACAUUACAACAAAAGAACGAGAAAAACAUGAACAAAAAUGUCCUAUACAGGACCAACAAUCUGAAACCGACAAAGGCGAACAUUUGGAAUAUAUAAGAAAAGGUACUUUACAUACGGGCAGUUAUGAAAAGCGAAAAUUUGAUAUAGAAGAAAUCAAAGAAAUGCCGGCAAAAUAUGUAAAUAAUCUAAUAUUCAUAUCGGAAGGAGCCAUACGUUUGGCUGGUUGGCAUAUUGGACAACAGGUGGUUAUAAAAACAAAAAAUACAUUUGAUUUAGUACGUAGCAUAUGGCCCAUACCGGAAAAAUUUUUAACAACAAUAUUUGUUAGCGAAGAAGAUUACAAUACAUAUUGGUCAAGCUUGAAAUAUCAAUGUUUAAGAAUUGAGGCUGUGCCUAAUGGACAACCCAAAGUAGCCAAAACAUUAUUAUUGCAAAUACAAACAGCUAACCAAGAUGAUGAACCAUUAAAUAGCCAACAACUCAAAGAUGUCGACCGUUUAUUGAAAUUGGCUUUAAGAAAUUUAUCCUUUACUUUAGACUCUGUGGUAUACUUUAAUUUUUUCAAUAAGCCUUUAACAUUGAAGAUUAUUUAUUGGUCAGCUGUAAAUACUAAUAGUAAUGACGAUCCCUCCAGCGUUCUGGAAACAUCUUUAAAUAAUUUAAAUAUUAAUAAACAUUCACCUGGGGAAGAUAUUUUUAAAGUUACCAACUCCACCACAAUAGAAGUAUCAACGGAAAAUAUACCCAAUUCUGAUGACGAAUCCGAGGAUUUAUCAAAAUAUUUGGUAACGAAUAAGGAUAUUGGUGGUUUAAGCAAACAGUUGGAAAUCAUCGAAGAAUCUAUAGACUUUGCAUUGGGUUUAAGGAAAAUCCCUCAAGGUGUUAAAAUUUCUCGUGGCUUAUUAAUUUAUGGCUCUUCAGGCUGUGGUAAAACUAUGAUAUGCGAAGCCAUGUGUAGUAGGCUGUUACAAAAACAGGAACUGCUACCAAAAUCCUCCUUUAAACCAUUGAUUUUGAAAUUAAACACCAGUGAAUUAUUUAGUAAAUUCCUAGGAGAAACAGAAAAGAAUUUGGCUGUUUAUUUCGAUAAAGUUUACCAGCAGUAUCCACAGCCUACUCUAAUGGUCAUAGAAGAUGUACACAAUUUAUGCCCCAAACACGAAACAAACGAAGUGGUUAAACGAGUUUCGGUAGCAUUUCUGAAUAUGAUGGAUGCGUUGGCCCAUAAACGAGAAGCUCAAAGAUGUUUUGUAUUGGCAACCACUUCUCAAUUAGAAAUGUUGAACCCCAGUAUAAGAAGAUGCGGUAGAUUAGAUUGUGAAGUUGAGGUGGCACCACCAACGCCCGAGGGACGCCAAGAUAUCCUUAAAUGUUUGCUGAGAAAGGUUGAAAAUAAUUUAUCUUUAAAGGAUGUCCAACAAAUCGCACAGGUUACUCACGGUUUUGUGGGUGCCGAUUUAGCAAAUCUUAUUUACAAUGCGACAUUAAAGACAUUGCACCACAGUGCAGCGGCUUCGGUACAGCUACAAGUUGAGAAUUUAAAUAAUGCAUUGGCAUAUGUUAAACCUUCAGCUAUGCGUGAAGUUUUAAUAGAAUGCCCCAAUAUUAAGUGGACCGACAUAGGAGGUCAAGAUGAAUUGAAAUUAAAGUUAAAACAAGCCAUUGAAUGGCCUUUGAAACAUGCUGAACAGUUCCAAAGAUUGGGCAUUAAACCUCCUAGAGGGCUAUUAAUGUACGGCCCACCAGGUUGUUCCAAAACCAUGAUCGCCAAGGCUUUAGCCACUGAAUCCCAGCUUAACUUUUUAUCCAUUAAAGGACCAGAAUUAUUUUCUAUGUGGGUUGGCGAGUCUGAGCGUGCUGUAAGAGAAGUUUUCCGCAAAGCUAGACAAGUAGCACCGGCUAUUGUUUUCUUCGAUGAAAUUGAUGCCAUAGGUGGAGAACGUUCGGAUGGCUCUUCUUCGGGAUCUGGCAGUUCAGUUAAAGAAAGAGUUCUUACACAAUUACUAACGGAAUUGGAUGGCGUUGAGUCUUUAGAGAAUGUCACAAUUGUUGCUGCUACAAAUCGUCCCGACAUGAUUGAUAAGGCUUUAUUACGUCCUGGACGUAUAGAUCGCAUCAUUUAUGUGGGUUUGCCGGAUGCCAAGGCACGUCAAGAAAUUUUCCGCAUUAAAUUACAAAAAAUGCCCUUAGCGGAAGAUGUUAAUUUGCAAGAGCUGGUAAAUCAAACUGAAGGUUAUUCGGGUGCUGAAAUUCAAGCAGUGUGUCAUGAAGCUGCUUUGAAAACUUUAGAGCAUAGUUUUGAUGCUCCAUGUGUGACAUGGUCCCAAUUUGAAUACGCUUUGAAAGCGGUACAACCACGCACAAGUCCAGAUUUGUUGCGAUUAUAUGAAGACUACAUGAAAAAAUCAUAAAUAAAUGCUGUUUACAAAUAAAGAAAA